AUGUCCUCAGGUGAUAUUAUUAUUAAAGAAGAGGAACCAGAUUUCUAUGAAGAGAAUGAAGAAAGCGGCGUGAUCUCCGCUCCUGUCGAUGAAAUCGACUUAGAUAUUACUAAAGUUGAUGAGAAUUUGCGCAUUUAUGGCGUCAAAAUUUGGCCACACAUUUGUAGCACCGUGAAAGUCAAGAGAAGCACCGACGAAAGACGACAAGUAUAUAGGAAAUGCACAGCUCUGGUAUUGAAAAAGGACCCAAAUGUCUUUGAUCGCUCAAUCUCGAAAUGCCUCGCAAAGAGAUACGUAGAAUAUAAAUUGUGGGCAGGCUCUUUGACAAGAUAUGCAGUGGUUAUUCGGAACAAAUUCAGACCAAACAACAACAGCCGAACCGUACCAGUGAUUACAAUUGAUGAUGAUUACGAGAAAGGAGGGGACAUCAGAAACAUGGCCAGAAGUCGAUUUUGGUGGUGUUUUUCCUCGAGUAGCUGUUGGCGGAAGAAAUAUUUGUGA